AAUGUAGGGUGAUGUUUAAGGAGCGUUUUCUAUGGCGUCUCAGCAACAGUCCCGGAUCCAGUCUUACCUGGAGAGGAAUAAAAUCGGACCCCUGUUUGAGGAAAUGAUGACCAAACUGAUAACUGAGACUCCAGACCAUCCGAUCCCGUUUCUAAUCGGACAUUUACAGACCAAACAUGAAAGUCCAGGCCGGCUUCACCGAACGCUGUCUGGAUCUGCAGCUCUGUGGGCCGAGAGUGACUGCUCAGAAAACAAAAGUAAUCGGCGGGAUUUCAGGAGUUACGACAGAGCCUGGCAGAUUCACCCCAAAAAGCCCAAGAAGUCCAAGAGUGACUUAGCAGUGUCCAAUAUCUCUCCUCCUUCUCCUGAGUCGAAGUCACUGCCUCGUUCCAUAGAAUGUCCCUCAUGGGACUGGAGGUCCAAACCUGAGAGCCGAGACUUCGACGAGCUCAACCACAUCCUGCGGGAGAGCAAGAAGUUGGGCAAAGCGUUGGAGAGCCUGUCCCGAAGUAUUGCCUUAUCUGAUGAGCUUGAUCAGCAACCGCGGCUGUAUAACUCGGUGUUGCGGCCCCGUGUGGUGGGCGAGUGGCUCGGCAGAGAUGAGAACGAUGCCGACCCGUUGGCCGCUGAGAUGCUCCAGCCGCCUGUCCCCAGGGCAAAGAAUGAGGGAUGGAGCAGCCAAGACACCAGUCCUGCAGGGAGCCUGAAAAUGGAGGUGAAGACGAAAGGACUGAGGCAGCAGCAGCAGCACCGGAAGAAGCUCCUGGCGGCCAUGUUGUCUCAGGACUCUUUCGACUCCAUGGCCAGCUCGGCUCCGUCCCUCACCGAGGACGAGAUAGAGGACGAGGACGACGCCAUGGAGCUUCUGGAGGACCUGGAUGACCUGAGGAUGGAGGGGGUCACUGGCCUAGUUUCUUCUGGCAGUAAGUUCAGCCAAGGGCGCAGCUCCUACUGCCCUGAACCGCAGGCCAAAGUCACCCUCAACAUCUGUUCAAGGUGUGCCAGGCUGCAGGGGGAUAGUCUCGCUCCAGCCGGCGCUGAGGAGGAACCAGCACCUCACAUUCCCGAGCAGGCCGUGCCUGAUGUGACAUGUCCAUUACCUGGAGUGACAGAGCCCCUGACUGCCGCCGAGCUGGAACUCCAGAGCUCUUCUCAAGUGUCCUCACCGCGCUACCCUGUGAAGCCGGUGAGGGGCACGAGCCCACAGGCACAGAGACGUGCUCUACAGCUCGAGGAGCUUCUAUUUUCUAAAGAGCUGGAGAACAUGGGCAAGCAUCUUGCUGAGGUGGAGAAGGACUUAGCCAAGCUGGCUGAACAAGGGAAGCUCAGCAGGAGUCCCAUCAGCCCCCACAGCAGCCUGCUGCUUCCCAUGAACCCGCACAUUGCCAAUGCGCUGCCCAUGCCAGGCUUCAGCUCCAAGCCCAGCUCGCCAAGCAAAACUCCCAUGCUGCCGCUCAUCACCAGCCGGACUCAAUCUCCCAGCAACCCCUGCAGCCGAGCCCAGACUCCCAGCAGGCCACAGACGCCCAGCAGGCCCCUGACUCCCAACAGCCUCUUGAUGCGCUCUAUACCCACAGCUAGCCACGGAAACACAGAUCGCAUGUACAGGCGCUCAAGGAGCAGACCGGUUACCCCGACUGGGCAAAUAGCACGACCCCUGUUGACCCCGCCAGGUCUCAGCAGCACGGACAGCUUCAGUCUGCGCAGCACACUGUCUGAGGAUGAGUUUUACCGACAGCUUCAGGCCGUCAGACAGCCUUGGCUCAUCCCCAGUGACACUGAGAGUGAGUGUAUGGAGCGUCCAGAGCAGGACAAGUGUAACCCUGGCGGAAUGCGAGAUGCCAGUAAACGAUCAGUGUUUUCAGGCUUAUAACGUGUCAACGGCAAACAGAGACCCAAUCAUAUUUAUGCAAUCCAAACGGGCAUUUUGAGCAUUGUGAAUAAGCCAGAGAGAGACUUAUUUUUUAUAAUUCCUAUUUAAAAAAAAAGGGAUUGUGUACUUUUUUCCACAGAGGUUAAUAUUUCUUAGAACCUGGCACAUCUGUAUGCUAAAGUACAAAUACUUGAAAUGUUGAGUGUUGAUGUUGAAGAAUGCUGUCUAUCUGCUGUGUUUGAUUUCUUUUGCCUUGUUUUUUUUUUUUUUAGCAUGCUUCCCAUUACUGAAUUAUGGGAAAAUUCUCGACACAUGGCCUUGCAUUGAAGUUAUGUAAAAGAUUUUAUGUGCCAACUGAUUUAAAAAAAAAAAAAAAAAAGGUAUUUUUUGAUAACCCUUUUCAGUAAAGGAAAUGGCAGCCAUGUUUGGCAGCGUUAGAUACAGUAGAUAUGUGAAUGUUAAAGCUUGGUACAGUAGAGAAGCACCCUUAAGCCGGGUUUACGUUGUUACGUUAUAAGAUUUUCAGCCCGAUUUUAUCGCCGUAGACAAAAAAUACACAUCAUUAAAAAAAAAAUUGGUGAACUCGGUGUGGCACAUUUAGUGUCAGUGCAUCUGAAGGCAGGUGACAAAUAAACGUAUGUUUGAAAUGUUUGAGUAGAACCUUACAGAGUGACCGCCUCAUCGAAUCUUCUUUAAAAGUGACUUUUAUGCAUCAACGGAUAGCUACAGUACAAAUACAGUAGUAGCAGCGUCGAAGCGUACAACAUGCUUAUGCUAAUGGAAAAACACAUCUUUAUUACCUCAAGCUCACUUUGAAGACUGUUUCUGUUUUUCCACUCAAGCCUCGCUCAGCUCAGCUUGACCACGUACGCCGGGCGUUGACGUUUUCCUUAAUUGCGGUUCUAUAGCUAGAGAAACUUCCUUUGAGAUAGAAGAUUCUUCUCGUCCAGCAUCUCGUGACAGAAUCGUACAGUGUAAAAGAGGCUAUAUCUUGUAUCACUGCCCUGGAUGACCAACUCAGCAAGCACUCUUCCUACAACGAAUGACAAAUGUAACGUGUAGAACAAGAAUUGUUAUUUUGUACCAAUGAUGCACUAGGUAUAUAGCCUGCUACACCUUGUAUGAUGCAAAUUAAACUGAUUUAUAUGGU